AUGUUCUCACCAAUAGCCCCAGCGAUCGCUCUGCGCCGAUCGGCCGCAGAACUAAGGCGAAACAGCCUUAGAUGUCGCCGAGGACUCCUCACCCUCGCGAUCGAGACGUCAUGUGACGAUACCUCAGUAGCGAUAGUCGAGAAAUUAAAUACCGACUCCUCUCCAAAAGCCAAGAUCCAUUUCCUAGAGAACAUCACAGCCGAUUCACGCGCCCAUCGGGGUAUUCACCCGAUCCUCGCCCUCGAGUCACACCAAGAGAGUAUGGCAAAUCUGGUCAAUAAAGCUCUGAAAAACCUCCCAAUCACGAAAGAAGGACAGGCGUCGAUACAAUUAGCCGAUGGGGCGGUUCGGCGCAGACCGGAUUUCAUCUCUGCUACUAGAGGACCUGGGAUGCGCUCGAAUCUCUCUGUUGGUCUUGAUACAGGAAAGGCUCUGUCUGUUGCGUGGCAGAUUCCUAUGGUUGGAGUGCAUCAUAUGCAAGCGCAUCUUUUGACGCCGCGACUUGUCUCCAGCAACUCGCCCUCAUUCCCAUUCCUCUCAAUCCUCGUUUCCGGCGGCCAUUCGAUCCUAGUACACUCGAAGUCACUAGUCGAUCACAAAAUCAUGGCUUCAAGCGAAGACAUCGCCAUCGGCGAAGCACUAGACAAAAGCGCACGAGAAAUCAUCCCAGCCGAAUUAUUGUCCGAAGCGAAGAAUACAAUGUACGCCAAAACGCUAGAACAAUUCGUAUUUCCGAACGGCGCGGCCGAUUUCGCCGAUUACAAACCUCCCCUGAAUCGCGGGGAGGAGGUGGCUAAUAUGAAGAAGCAGAGUGCAUAUGGGUGGAGUGUGACGGUGCCUUUUGCGAAUACGCGCGCUUUGCAGUUGAGUUUUUCUUCUAUUGCUAGUAUGGUGAAUAAGAUUGUGAAAGCGCGGAGCGAGAGUCCGAGUCUUAAUGGAGACCCUGGCCUUUCUCAUCUUGAACGGGUUGAAUUGGGUCGGGAGACGAUGAGGGUGUGUUUUGAACAUCUUGCUUCACGGACGAUUAUUGCCCUUGAGAAGCUGAGAUUGAGCCAUGUUGGCGAUGAGGAGGUUAAGACUCUUGUUGUUAGUGGGGGUGUUGCGGCUAAUCGGUUCUUGAUGGCUGUUUUGCGAUCGUUUUUGGAUGUGCGUGGGUUUGAGAAUGUGAGGAUUGUUGCGCCGCCGCCGUAUUUGUGUACGGAUAAUGCUGCUAUGAUUGGGUGGGCGGGUAUUGAGAUGUUUGAAGCUGGGUGGGAGACUGGUUUGGGUGUUCGGGCUUUGCGGAAGUGGACGCUUGAUCCCGAGGCUGAGGAUGGUGGUGUUCUUGGGCCUGGUGGAUGGGUGAAGAGGGAUGCUUGA